CGUGCGUGUGCAUCUGCUUAGGACAGAUAAAACAACGUGUUCAUGUAUACUGCUGCAGCGCUACGAAUCAGGAGAGGUUCGGCAGGUGCUGGUCACGAAAUCAUGAGAGGAAGUCCUCGACGCCAUGCCCUCCUUGUACCUUCCAAAUGUAAAGACAAAGAACCCUCCACCGUAAUAAAAGAGUUGACGCACCGUAUGUUUACCAUGAUAUCAGAUGAUGAAGAGAGUAGAACCGUUUUUCGGGGCAUGAAAAAAAGCAAAUAAAUAACCAAGGUAGAAAAAUUUUUAAAUUCAAACCAUUCAAUAAGAAGAUGCGUACCCCAAAAGUGCUAUCCUGUGCAGAAACAGACCCGCGCCACGCUUGUCAUGUUGCAAGUUUAAGGGACAUGCUCGGAACGUCAUCUCUGAUGUGCAGCGCCAUGUGAAGAGCAGUCAGUCUGUUGUCUACUGUUUUCGUUGUCCCCUACGAUAAUUAAAUUUUGCUGCUCGAAGGGACAAUAAGGACGUGGAUUCACGAUGCGCCUGCCGCACUAGCGAACGACAGUUGAUGCGCUGCGAAUCCAAUCACACACUUGUCAUGCGCAACAGCCAAUGUAAGGUCUGGGUCUCCAGCUCCAGUUGCAUUAACAAGCUGAACAAUUACCACACUGGUCAUGGUAAAUCUUGCCGAAUUGCGUGGUUAGGGUGUUUUUGCACGGGACAAGUGGUAGUCUUCGACUUGGACAAUUGUUGCUGGGAUCCGGAAAUGUACCAAAUGUCGCACGGCUCUCCCUUAUGCGUUGCACAUACAUGAACAUGAUGCGCAUGUUCCGGAAGGUUCAAGAAGACCGGUGCUUGUAGUGAAAGUGCAAAAAUCUGGUCUGGCAUAAUAUGCAAUGCAGCUAGCUCUUCCUGCAUAGAUAUACAUGCCUCUAAGAUAAAAUGCAACUGGGCUGCUGGUGGUAGCCAGCCGUUUAUAGGGUGCGGUACUACGCUUAUUAAGACAGAAUUCGGACGAACUGUUGUCAUUGCUCAUCUGCACUAAGGAUGCACAAGUAGAAGUCUGAAUCUAUGACAACUACAACUUUCCAGACCCUGCCGACGUCAGCACAUUUGCAGUCGAUAUCUGUUCACCCACGAUCCCAGCACCAACACAUGCAGGAGUCAGCACGCGAGGGGCGAAACGGUCCGUCUCUUGGGCGACGUGGCGGAGAUCUGGGGGUUAUGAACUGCAAAAGUAUCGUACUCGUAUAAAUGCAUUACAAAUUUCCUCAGCAUGAGAGAGAAAAUUUGUAAUGCGGAUUUCCCUUAAGAAUAUAGAUUUGUAAUGCAAGACUUGCAUUUAUACGAAUACGAUACUUUUGCACAGGAUAGGGGUUUCUGCGUUACAACGGCACUCUAUGGAUGUGUCAGAGUUGAAAUCGACCAAGUUGAAAUAAUUUGUCAUGCAUAAAAUGGAUGCCAGUUCUUGGAACCCAGUUUUCAAGUGGCGCGUGACAAAUUUCGGCGGUCCCUAAAUCCAGUUUGUCAUGCUGUUUAGGCAAAGAAGAGCGAUUUUGAUUUUCUCAUGCUAUUUUAGCAGCUCGAGCUGUAUUAACCCCAAACAGGCUCACGGUCGGCCUCACUUGCCUGCUCUGCUUGCAACACACGUACCUCGGCUCAUGCAUUUUAUGCAUGACAAAUUAUUUCAUGUGCCCGAGGAUGAUGGUGAUGGCUUCGGUCCGCCUGACUCCACGACCUGGUGGCCGAACCAUCUGCGGUGAGGUGCCCUUACAGGUUGUGUAGUGGUUUCGGUCGGUUUAGCAUGACAAAUUAUUUCAACUUUGACAAUUUCAAUCCUGACGCUUCCAUACACUCUGCGGGAGUACUGGACCCACGUCCUCGGGAGGGGGGACAACCUUGUGUACGGGCAAAAGGAGGAGCCUGGUGGCCCUCCUCUUACGCAUAUUAACCCCAAAAGUCGUGGAACUGGAACGACCACAAUGUCCACGGGAGCAUCAAACACGAGUCACCACAGCCCGUUUCUGGACGUAAACUUCCGCCAAAGCGGCACGCGCAUCGCCAUAGCGAGCUGCUGCGACGAACCGGACCGGGCGCGCGAACUGCUCGGCAAGUUCCGAAUUAUAUCCUAGAGAAAAGCAAACGCAUACCAGAUAAAAUUGUAUUGCUAUCUAUCUUUGUGUUUUUUUAUCUUCAUGUUCAUGAUGGUGUGAAAAUGAGAAACUCUGUGAUGUCGCAAUAGGGAAGAGAGUGUGUGAUGCAGGAUGGAGAUCGUGAUGCGGACAAUGAAGCAGAGAGGCAGAUGCAAGAAUAUUUGUUGUGAUUCUGAACCGAAAAAAGUCUCUUUUUUGUUUACAUAGAAAACUGCAUCACAAAGGCGGCAAGGUCGGCUUAUGUUGUACAAGCUUAUUUCUCUUGGCGGAUAAGUCCGCAACGUGAACAGGAGCAGCAGCCCAGCCGGGGGCCUCGAGCAGGCCGACCCGUCGACAGGGACUCUGAGGAUGUCUGGGCUGAAGCGGCAAAUGACAGAGAUUCGCGGGGUAUCCACUGAAUAAAAUAUGUUGGGGUCCGGAUCCGGAAGAACGCAGAAGUUUGUCACGCAGCUUUUUCAACAUACCCCGCGAGGUCUGGAAUCAAAGCCAAAUCUAAUCAGCAUAUUAACAGAUUAGGCCAAUGCUUCUCCAUGCCUAUAAUUCCGCAUGGUAAAUCUUUUGUUCUGCGCUACAUCCACCUGGGUGGAGUUAUCCAUCUCGGGGCAUCGGCGCAGGGUAAAUCUGUUCUAGCCCCCAGGCAUUGGAAGAGACUAAAUCUGUGUAACGCCCACCCGCCUCCAGGAGGAAUCGAACUACUCUUCUUAUCAGUAAAUGGCUUGUCAUCUUCGCAACCGCAUUGUGCUGGAUACUACUGAUUAGCAUGGCGAUAGUUGGACAGCUUUUGUUGUUCAUGCAACACGAAAAAUUUGUCUGUCAGCCAGAUCUACACUUAGCAUGAGACCCAGACCAAUACAUAUAUUUUUUUUUGCAAUGCAUACGGAGGCAAGAGGACGAAGACCCCCGGAACGAGCGAGGGGGAGACCUUAAUAGAACAGCAGGAGACUAUGCGGGACGCGGUCAGCUACGUGCAGAUUCACUACGGCGCCAAGACCCAGCAUCUGUCGCAAAUACAGAAACAGUCUGGAGAGGACUACGAGGACAUGAUUUUUUUCGAUGACCAGAGCGGUCACAUACGAAACGUCGGCAAUCUGGGUGUAGUUGCAGUGCACACACCACGGGGCGGCGUCACCUGGGCGCAUUUCUUUCAAGCGCUCUCCGCUUUUCAUUGA